AUGCACCAAGAUGCUCAUGAAUUUUUAAAUUACGUCUUAAACACUAUCGCUGAGAAUGUUAUGGAACAGCAGAAAAAAAUUUCUGAUCAAAUUUCUGAACGAGAACAAAUACUAUUCUGUAACAUUAACGAUAAAUCAAAAUUGACAAAUGGUGUACAUACACAAGGAAGUGAUGACGAUGAAACCUCUUCUAAAAGUUUUGAAACAAAUUCGGGUACAUCUCCAAAAACCACCUGGGUACAUCAACUUUUUGAAGGAACGUUAACUAAUGAGACUAAAUGUUUAACUUGCGAAACUGUCCGAGACGAAUCCUUUCUUGAUCUAUCCAUUGAUAUCGAACAGAAUUCUUCAGUCACGUCAUGUUUACGACAAUUUUCUGCGAGUGAGAUGUUAUGUCAUAAAGACAAAUUCUUUUGUGAUGUUUGUUGCAGUUAUCAAGAAGCAGAAAAGAGAAUGAAAAUAAAAAAACUGCCUAAUGUAUUAGCACUUCACUUGAAACGUUUCAAAUUUCAAGAUAAAUUACAAAGAUAUAUUAAAUUGUCAUAUAGAGUAGUAUUUCCUUUUGAAUUGCGGUUGUUUAAUACUUGUGAUGACAUUGAAGAUCCGGACCGCCUUUACGAACUAUACGCGAUCUGUGUGCAUAUUGGAAGUGGACCGUACCAUGGCCAUUAUGUAGCAUUAGUGAAAAGUAUGGGGCAAUGGCUUUUAUUCGAUGAUGAAAACGUUGAUCCUGUGGAUGAGGCCGAAAUCCAAAAAUAUUUUGGUGACAUUCCGGGAACUGGGUCGGGUUACGUGCUUUUUUAUCAGGCCUGUGAUUUGGAUAAAAAUGUUAAGGGUUUAUCGAACUAUAUUUGGCCUAAUAACAAUGCUACUGGUUCGAGUGCUUCUUCAACGGAAUUGGAUGUAUCUAUUGAAGCUAAUGAUUCAUUAGUUAAUGAUGCACCAACUACU